ACCACACUACGCCACUUCAUUGCUUCGCUUCUUCUCAUCUGCAAAUAAAACCUAAAAACCGUACUACCUCUUAUUUUGUUCUUUCUCUCUCUCUCUCUCUCUCUCUGAUCCGUGGUAGUUCCGCUCCAGCGUCUUCUCUACUUCAUUACUCGUGUGAAAGGUAAUUAACAAGCUCUCUUCGCAAACUUAUCGACAAAGCAAUGACGCUGUCGGAGGAGGAAAUCAAUAGGCUUUUUAGGAUUCGAAGAACGGUGAUGCAAAUGCUGAAGGACCGGGGUUACUUUGUUGGGGACUUUGAGAUUGACAUGACCAAAGAGCAGUUCAAGGAUAAGUACGGUGAGAGCAUGAAAAGGGAAGACCUUGUUAUCAAUAAAGCCAAGAGAAACAAUAGCUCUGAUCAGAUCUAUGUUUUCUUCCCUGAGGAACCAAAGGUUGGUGUUAAGACAAUGAAGACUUACUCCCAACGCAUGAAGUCAGAGAAUGUUUUCACUGCAAUCUUGGUUGUUCAACAAAGUUUGACUCCCUUUGCUCGGAGCUCCAUAAGUGAGAUUUCUUCAAAAUUCCAAUUGGAUGUUUUCCAGGAGGCAGAGUUGUUUGUAAACAUUAAAGAGCAUGUUCUUGUUCCUGAGCAUCAGGUGCUUACAAGUGAGGAGAAGAAAACUUUACUGGAGAGGUACACCGUGAAAGAAACACAGCUGCCUCGUAUUCAAGUGAAUGAUCCAGUCGCGAAAUAUUAUGGGCUGAAGCGUGGACAAGUCGUGAAGAUAAUCCGGCCAAGUGAGACUGCAGGCCGAUAUGUCACGUACCGAUAUGUUGUAUAAGUACUUCUUACAUCUUAGUAACUGCUUAGAAAGGGGUUGCAAGACUUGAGCGGAGAGUGCUCAUUGCCUCUGUCAAAAUGGCCAUAGAACCAAACUCAACGAUUUACUAAUGUUUUGUUCUAUUAUUAAAAGUAAAAGGCCAUAAGGAGGUCAACUGUAGAGUGUAUGCAGGUAAUUUAUAUAGCGGUUAUCUGGUAAGCUUUCCAUAGCACAAAACAUUGAAAUAUAAAACAAAACCCAUUCCACCCGACUGGCGGUGGGGGUGAAUUAUUAUUAAGAAUUUAAACAGAGGCCAAAGGAAAAUUCUCAAUGUCGUUU